AUGGAAGCAGAAAAAAAGUUGGAAAAGCAAGAAGAAAAGAAAGCAAGUAAAGAAAAAAGGAAACCAACGGAAAAAAAGCGAGUGCAAAUAAUAAAACAGGACCAGAAAAAAGAACGCAGAGGAAAUGUCAUAUCGGAUUUCAUGAGCGUGCUUGAGGAUUCUGAUAUUAUAGACGUGACCGAUGAAGAAUAUGAUAUAACAAGAGAUUUAUACACCAACUUUGUACAAAAUUAUGAACCCUGUAAUGAACAAAAGGAUAAAAUAUUUAGCUUAUAUAAGAAAAGCAAUGUGGUGAAGUAA